UUGUUCAUUUAAUAUUUUUUAUUUACAUUCAACCCCAGUAAAACUAACCUGUGGAGAAAAACAUGAGCAACAACUGAGAACAACAUUUCUUGUGUUUGAUUGGUAAAAUUCAACGAGUUGCAUCUAAAGUACAGUGUUACAGAAUUUACAUUGUGCAAAGUCUUUUUUUCACUCCGAAAUUCAUCUUUAAUAUCAGACAUGAAUAGUGCAAAAUCAAAACAACAGAAGCAAAUGGAGUUUUGCAGAUGCUCACUUCAGUGUCGUUCCCCUCUCUCUCUUUUUUAUUUUGCUUUAUUUUCCCCCUGAAUUCUUCAAAGCGCAUCAUCCUCAUCCAGGCUCUUUAUUCCUCUGUUUGCGUGCGUGUCUUCUUUAGAAGAUUUCCGGAUGUGUGUCCCCCCCAAGUCGCAGCAAUUCUGUGCCACGAAUUUCGGGGGCCCUUUGUGUGUGUGUGCGCGUUUGUGUACUUUUACCAUAGGGUUGACAUUGCCAAUAAAGUUUAGUGGACCCGCUGUAAACUUUAUUGGCGGUGUAAAGGAUGGGUCCACAUCUUUUUUGUCUGUGUGUGUGUAGCCGAGGCUCAGUGUGGAGAUCACGGCCUGCAAGGACACGAUGCACCGCUCAUCCAAGUACGUAACACAGAUACAUUCUGAUUAUUUAUUUCAUUCGUUGCAUAAUUCCUUUUUUCAUAUAAAAGAAAAGCUAGAGGUCUUUGCUCUGAGUCAUCAAACCUGCGCGUUGGGCUCAAAUGAAAGGAUUUCUCCUCUAUUGUUCAUCUGGAAUUCUCGUAUUUUCCAUGUAUUUCGAUGCUGUAAUUCUGCAGAUGGCGAAAUAAUCAUCUCGUAAACCCAGAGGUUGCCUCGUGUUGUCCAUAUAUGUCACAUGUACAUUUCAUGUCCAUAUUUUCCUGAGGCAAAUAUAUAGUUUCUGUACUCUGCAUGUGCGCAAAACCUGUUGAAAGUCAGAACCAGAUUUACAGUGUGGCAGUAAUGUUAUUUCCUCCUUGUCAUGAGGUCUGAUAGUUGAUGUGCUGCGGUUGUUCUCCGUAGGCUCCAUCUCCACCUUACCUGCUUUUCCAGUUUGAAAAAAAUAUAUAUGAUGGGUUGUAGCCAAGAGUAAAAUUUUGCAUAAUUUUGACUUUGUUUCCAUCAUGGAACCUGGAGUGUAGACGAUGCUGGAUGUGUGGUGCAGUGACAUGUGACAACUGCCAUGUUAUCCAUCCUGUGGGCCAGCCAGGGACACACAGGCCCUCAUUUGGAAGUAUAGUUUAGCCUGAUCCAAGUUUAAUAAGACCUCUCUGUCUCCACGUCUCUCUCCCGCUCUCCCCUCCCUCUCCUUCCUACUCACACACUUUUAUUUCCCAUUUCCCUUUGGCUCGGGCACCUACAUGUUGGCAAACAGCCUGUCCACCGAAGGUGGGGAGGACUGUCAUAUCUCUCUGACGCGCGUCUAAUUUUUGGCAUAUGGGGGAAUCUUCCGACAUUUCCAUAUCGUGUGGCCAUUUUUACUUUUGUCACAUUGUGGGGAAAAAAGGAAAAGGAGAAAGAUGGGUGCAAACAUUCCUGGUUGUUAAAGGGAGAAAUUUACAGCUGAGUAAUAAAAGUUUACGACUGAAUCCUUCCUGCGAUUGGCUGCGGCGAGCCACGUGGCGCACGCUCUAUGAACAUGAACUUUAUGCUGUUGUCUAUUCUCUAGUCCUUCCCUUGUAUCAGCAGCAGACCAAGCUGGGGCGUAGAAACCUCUUUUUUCUCCUUUAAUCGAAUAUAAAAACGCGGCACUGUCUCUCUGGCUCUAGUCCGAGUGAUAUUCAUCCGAUUUCCGACUUCCUGACAGAGGGGAUCUUCGGGACAGCCGCCGCUUCUACCAUCCGCCGCCUGCGUCUAUCCCCCCCGGAGGCAAUAAAGCCACGGCUGGGAAGGGGGGGAAAGGAGCGAUCGAGCCUGCUGGAGAAGAAAAAAGACUUUCCCCGGUAAACAGACACCCUGCCUCCAUAGGCUCCUCAUCGCCGCGACGUGAGGACAGACAGCAGCGCACGGGAGAUGUGCGCUGUAUUGAUAUUCCCCCCUGCUCGCCAUCGUGACCCCUCAGCUGCAAACUACACGGACAUGCCCGCUGAGACACUUCAUCGGGUCAAAGCGAGUCGCACCGUGGAUGUGUCAGUAAGUGUUUAUCCGUCGCCCCUCGCCUGUCCACCUGGCUCCGGCCAGAGGAUGUGACACUACACGGUGGAGCUUUUCAUGUGGCUGGAGGCAAACAUCUGGCUCCACUGACUCGCGCUCUUAACGAAUUUGUUUGAAGGUUUCUGGUGUUUGUGCCAUGGCUGCGCAUUGACAACAACAAUGUUUAACACGUUUUGAUGUCAAAUUUUCCAAAAAACCUUCAAGUCAAGCACUGAUUACUGUCUCUCUGCGGUUGGGUGUAGUUAACAGUUAGAAAAGUUGGGUUUAACAGUGCACCACGACUCUAAUGAGCCACAAUAAUGAUCUGCAAACCAACCAAUGGUUUCUGUGGGACCUCCAGUAUCUACAACCACCUCUGCUCCCCUGGCUGCUGCUGCUUUUGCAGGGCAUUCAGGUCUAACUAGUCUCCAGUCUGUCUGCACUUCAUUAAAACUUUUUAUUUUAACUGGACCAUCCUGCCUAACGUUAUUGCACCUGGGGAGAGUAAACGUGUAAAAGGCUAUUAGGUUAAGGGUUUGAUUAAAAGCGCAUCGCAGCCAUUUUCAUCAGGGAGAGGGGGGGGGUAUUGCUGCACUGUCAAGGUGCUGCUGGUCCGCCAAAUUAAAAACAGCCAUGCAUGGACAGAGCAGCCGCCUCCACAUAGUUUUGCGCAGAUUUAUUUUGUUUACAUAUGUACAUGUGUGAACACGCUUGUACACGCUGUUAUUUUGCUGGGGGAAAAAGAGGGGGGGUGGGGUGGGGGGCGAGAAAAGCUCACCGAUUUCUCAAAUGAACAAAUGAAACAUCAAAUUAGUCCGCCUCAGGGCCUCAUUUUUUGUACUUCUGCAUUAUAACUAGUUAUUGAACUAGGUGCAAGAUCGGAAAGCCAUUUGUGGGGAGAAAGAAUUCAUUGCUGUCUCUCCAUCAAUAAUCCGUGGCAGUGAACUAUUGGAGCCAGUCAAACGCGAGGGGUGAAACGCGGGUCAGGCUGUCUAACUAAUAUUAAAAUGCGCCCGCCAGAGCGCGUGGGGCGAGUGGGGAGUAUGUGCUGUGCUCCUGCGCACAUGGCUGGGUGCACGACGAGCAGCGUGCAUGUAGAUGAGCCCACAGUCUGGUAAGAUGAGCAUGAAUCUGGUUUUGUUUAGUACUCUCUCCUCGUUAGUUCACUGCUCCUCGUCUUUGGGACGCUUUGUUCUUCAAUUUUUAAAAAAUCUAUCAAGCUGAUCCACGGAGUGCACGCGGAGAAAUAUGUAGAUUGAGAUGUAUUUUGACAGAGGCUUGAAGUCCCCCCCCCCCCGUGCGCUUCCACUGUAAUCAAUUCCAUUGAUUCACAAUCUGAGCAUGUUUGCUGUUUUUAAUAACCCCGGAACAGGUCACAUGUCUGAUAUUGCAUUUGUCAUCCGAGGCCUUUCUCAUUAGCUUCCAGAGUGGCAGGAAGAAAGGUUACUGAGCGGUCAGUAUGGUAAUGGUGAGCAGAAGAAAUGGCUGGGAACAAUAGAAACUUAUUUUUCAUCCGUGCUGUCACGCCGUCCCUUUGUAUCCGCCGUGUUUGCGAGCGAAUAUUCAUAGAGGAGCCACCUCAAAGGCAGAGGUUGAAUGUGGAGAAAAGAGCCUCUUGUCCUCUGCACACGACGUGCGUGUGUGUGUGUGUGUGUGUGUGUGUGUGUGUGUGUGUGUGUGUGUGUGUGUGUGUGUGUGUGUGUGUGUGUGUGAUGCAUUCGUGUGUAGCCUUUACGCACGGAUAUUUUUUAUAUUUCAGGGAUGUUAUUUCAAAUGUUGUAAGUAUCGUGUCAAUUGCAGAAUUGAUUUGUGGGACUCCGAGUCCUCCUGACUCACAGCAUCCGCUCGGGCGCACGUUUACUCAAGUAUCCAUUGCAGCCUUAAUAUCUGUUGUGACUAGACUCGAUUGCAUGCUACUCCAGUUACACACACGACGACGUGCUUGCACGGAUCUUUGCCUGAGAGACUCCACCUCCUUCUGCAGUUUGCAUCCUAACAACAUUAGUUGUCUAUAUGUACCCUGUAGAACCGAAUUUGUGUGAAGUACAAACAAUCGCAAAUACGUCUCUACAGGAAUACAUGGGCAACUGAAAUACCACGCCGGCCUCUGGAUUGCUGUCGCUCCUGCUCCUCUCUGCACGUCUCUCAUGACUUUUCCUGCUGCUGCACAUAUACGAGCAUCACACACAGACACAAUAUGCAAUGCACUCGCGAUGUCACAAACUGUAUUCACCCUCCAGACGAGCAUGCACUGAGUCGUACCGGCCACAGAGAGAAAACCCAUCUGUGCAGUCUGCGGCUUCUACUGUGUCAGACCCUGUAAAACACGUUAGGAACCGGGGUCGUUUAAAAGUGACUGAUUUACGGCUUUUAUUGCUCUAUAAAACGCCUCUAACAUCCUCGCUGGAGGUAAUAGAAAUGUCCUCCGCAUUCUCUACCAACACGACAGAAAUAUGCCAUUUGACCUGGAUUUUUGUGAACCAAGUUAUGCAAUUGUUGCAACUUUAACAUACAAUGUGCUGCUGCUUGUCAUUUUUUUAAUUCUUAUUAUUUAUACAUGCUUACAGAUUUGGAUAUUUCCCUCAGCUGAAGGCUUUAUCUGAAGACAGUUUCUAAAAAAUGCAGUUUUUCUUAAUGUGUCUGGGAGGCUGCUGAGCUGUUGGGAGUUAACCUCUUUCUGUCUCUUUGACCAAAGUUGACUCUGAGAUAAGAACGAGGAGCCUACAGCAGCAUGACAAGUUUAUACAACCAGGCCGUAUCACUUUACAGUACAACAGCAUACCUCCUCUAAUGGGGGCUGCUGUUUAGCAGAGCCUCAGCCUGGAUUAGCAUGAAGCAUGUGGAGGCUGCAUUUCCAAAUGGCAGUUGGGCUGACAUAUUGCAGUUUGUAUCGAUGUAUUUGGGAAUAAGAUUGACUGAAACGUAUUCACAGGAUAGUGUUAACAUGGUUGCAUUUGUUUCUCUGCCUGUAUAUGUUGGAUUCUUUGAGAGGCUUGCUCUCAACAGUUGGAUUGUAGCUGCCCCGCUCUCAUCUGCUGGUCACAGGGAAGCGAUUGUCCACACACAGACAAAGUUAAUUUACUUAUUCUUCAUGUGGUUUUAUUUAGGUUGUAACUAAGCUACCAAACAUGCCUCACAAGUAUAAAGACAAGGACUUUGUGAGGAGAUCGACAGAAAACAGCCGGGAGCAGAGCUUUUACCAGCAAAACCCCCUGAUUGUGUUAAUAAUAUGUUUCCAUUUAAUAAUCGUAGUUUCUAUCCAGCAUGGUAUUUCUGCAGGCCGGCCCUGCAUGCAGGAGGAUUGCUCAAUUACUGGGUUGUGAGUGUGCUGCUGCUCUAAUGCAACUCUCUGGUCUGUGAACCUAGCUUCAUUGUGCACAGUACUACUGCAGAUAAGUGAGCAGAUCAUACUGUUCUGCUGCUCUCUGGUAUGUCCCACCAUGAUGGUGCCGGUUGUCAGAUCAGUGACACCCCAGUGGUGCUGUUCUGUGUUAGCGGCCGUUUGAUGUCACACUGGGAGCUCUGAGUUAGUCUGGCCUGUUGGCUGCUCCCCUUUUGGUUCAGUCUGUGACAUCAGUUGUAGAGGUUCCCACCCUGUGUUGUUUCUGUGACAUUUCUCUGCUCGUCCUCCUCCACUGUUUGGAUGGUGAAAUCACAACACGCGAGAUACUGAAUUGUACACAUACACUUUUUUAUUGUGUCAUAGCUGUACAUUUUAGAAUUAGACGUUAUUAAUACAGGUUAUUUUGCAUUCAGGGUUUUUCACUUAAUGCACUUUUUCACCAUCACCACCAUGACUUUUCUUUAUUGUUAACAUCUUAUUCUGCUCAGUCUCUGGUACAGCACCUCACACCUUUGGCUCCAGCCACCUUUGGAAUAAGCGGGACAGUAAAAAAUAUAUAACAUGGAGCUAUGGUUAAAAGUUAGUGAACAUGAUUGUCUACAAAUCAGCAAACCAUAUAUUUUGGUGUUUUUUUUUUAAUUUGCUGCUGAGAUAUUCAAAGCAGCUUUAAAAAUAAUUUCAUUAAGAACCUUUGGCUGAAUCCCUCCUUCUUUUGGCAGUUGGUAUCAAUGAAAACACAAAGGCCCAGUUGUUGAAAGAAUAAACUGGAACAACCAGACAGAUCAAUUGAGACUUUAAUUCAGGCGGUCUGACUCUUCCUGUCUCCAACAUUAUAAAUGAUUGGGGCCUAUUUUCAGAAAUCCACCACACCUCCAGUGCCUCUCUUGACAUUUACAGUCACAGUAAACCUCCACUAUUUGUGCAGGAAUGGUUUUAAUAGGAACAGCAACUCACAGAAGUGAUGCAGCUCUAAUUCUUAAGUGCAUUAAUGGACCAUAAUGUGUUUCAGAGCUGAAGUGCUGCUGGUUAAAGACUGAGCCCUCAUUAAUUAGCAGAUAACCUUUAUUUGAGGUGUGCAGCCUAACAAAAUGAUUGGUUUGCUAUUGUCGUACCUUAUCCUUGGCGAAUCACCUAUUGUCCCUUUGAAUAAUUGAGAGCAGCGGAUCUUGCCUGUUUUAUUUUUUCCUUGGUCAGCAACUAGCUACUAGUUUUGUCCCCAAGAUCAAUUGCUUUGGUAAAACAACCAGGGGAGAGAGAGCCAGGGAGGGAAUGAGAGAGGAGAGAGAGAGAGAGAGAGAGAGAGAGAGAGGAGAGAGAGAGAGAGAGAGAGAGAGAGAGAGAGAGAGAGAGAGAGAGAGAGAGAGAGAGAGAGAGAGGUUUGUGCCCUCAAUGGCGACUGUAGGUAUGCUAAAUACCUCUGGUUCCUUAUCCGGGAACUACCUCUUCAUCUGCUAUUGGGCCAUAGAGUCACGUGGUAAAAGUAACUUUACAGGGCUGCUCGCAAGUAGGAGGGCUUUAUGGAGCAGAAAAACGACAAAGCUAGAAAAAUUAUUUUCCACUCCAGAAAUUAAUGAUCAUGAGCUCGUAUUUGAUGGAGUCUAACUACAUUGAUCCGAAAUUUCCUCCAUGCGAGGAAUAUUCGCAAAACAACUACAUCCCCGAGCAUAGUCCAGAAUAUUACAGCCGCGCAAGGGACCCUGGCUUCCAGCAUCACCACCAGGAGUUAUAUCCUCCGCGGGCGAGCUACCAAGAGCGCCAGUUUAACUGUGCAAGCAUCCCCGAACCCGACACGCCACGGGGACACGGAAUACCCCACUCUGCGCACCUGCUGACAGGGAAAGGGCAGCCUGCUUCAUGUGAUACCCCACAGUUGUCCAUGUCCCCCGCCACCCCACCGGCCGCCACCUCCGCCUGCAACCAAGCCACCCCGGAGCAUCCAAACAGCACAGCCUCCUCCAAGCAGCCCGUGGUGUACCCGUGGAUGAAGAAAAUUCACGUCAACACCGCGAACCCUGGUUACAAUGGGACGGAGUCCAAGCGGUCUCGGACAGCAUACACCCGGCAGCAAGUCUUAGAAUUGGAGAAGGAAUUCCACUAUAACCGAUAUUUAACUCGGCGGAGGCGCAUCGAGAUCGCCCACACCCUGGUUCUCUCCGAGCGACAGAUAAAAAUCUGGUUUCAAAACCGCAGGAUGAAAUGGAAAAAGGAUCACAGGCUGCCCAACACCAAAGUGAGAUCCUCCACCUCCUCCUCCGGGUCCAACACAGGCUCAGCAGCCGGCGCUGUAGCCGCUGCCUCGGCCACUAACACUGGGGCCCCCGACGAACUCUCCGGAGCACAGCAUGGCGAGGAUAUUACCAGGUUAUAAAACCACAGACCACCGAGUGUGGCUAGAAGAAGAACUGGUUAUUUAUAGAACAAUUAUAUAUUUUGUUUUCGUAGCUAUCUUGUGCGGUUUCCUUUAAGUCCAAAGUUAUAUAAAAUGCAUGUUAUAUAGCAUGGAUUACUGCGAAUACCGAUGGAUUAUUUUUACGUGAUACAGGGUUUAAUUUAUUUGAAGCUGAAUUAAAAUGAUGUUUUUUAUUGAAAAAAAAAUGUUUUGAAUGAAGGAAAAAAACAAGGUAGAAAAAUUUACACUUUAUCGAAAUGUUAUUGUGGGCCGUUCUUUUGCCCUGCUGCCCAAGGUGAAAUGCACAAUCUAUUUAUUUCAAGCAACACUGGAAGGAAAUCAAUAUAAUAAUAGUUAUUUUUGGUAUAUAAAAAAAAGGCUGGAAACACACCAUUGAUCUUGAACUUGUAUGUUUAGGAGAAUAACAGUGUGUGAAUUACCUCGUGUAUUUCAGAGAUAGGAACCUGAUUUGCAAUUUUUAGUUUUGUGGUGUUGAUGUUGUGUUUAUUAGACCGUUAUCAAGCAGAUUAUUGUGAAAUGCAAUAAACGGAGUUUUAGUGUUUCUUGUGCUAAUCAUAUUGGUCAAUAAAACAGUGAGUGUCUACUAGUUUUA